ACGAAAGAUGAGUUGGUUGAGUUAUUGAGUAGCUCAAAGUUCACUGCUGGUACUUGGGAACAGUUUGUUUGUUAUCUUCCUAACGUGACACAAGAUGUCAUUGUUGGUAUUAAGCAGAACGUGGAGGAGAAUGAAGCCGGUCCUUUUAAUUGCAUUGAUGCUGUAGCUCAAUGUUGCCAUAGUAAUCCUCAUUUAACAUGGAGAAAUAUCUGUAUUGCUCUAUUGAGUUCCAAUGAAGUUACUUUAGCACGACAAAUCUUUGAAAAACAUUCUAAAACAGGUAAAAGCACAUGUAAAACAAUAAAGGAUGUAUUGAGAAGUCGCUAUUGCACAUUAAAAGAAGCCACAGAAAAUUGCCUCCAAAAAAUAGCUGACAAAAUGUACAGUGAAGGUCUAAUUAAUAGAGAAGUUCGAAACAUGCCUACCUUUGAAAAAAUAGAACUUGAUUUUUUGUCGCUGAUUUCUGUGCACACAGAAGAUGUUUCUAUACUUGAAGAAAAAUGUCAGUUAUUUUUAUUGUGUCUUGCCAUUGCAGAAGGACCAGCUAGAGAGGAAGCACUUGCUCUUGCUGAAGAUUGGCAACAGGAGGUGUUCAAAAGCCAUCAUGUAUCAUUUACACUGCUGUUAUGCAAGAAAAUGAAGCUUUCAUCUGCUACAGAAAUUGAGUUCAGCUCUGAUCAUGCGAUAUCCUUACAGUUUCAGAAUCUCCUCAAGAAGUUUCCAGGACUAGUUAGAGAUAUUAGAAAGUUUUAUGCAAGCAGUAAAGAAUAUGAUGUGAUUGAUAUUGCCCGUUGGAUAGAAGAAAGUUAUGAAGUGACUGGUCUUGUUCAUGAUGGUACAACAGUCGACGAAAUUUUUAAUGUUUUGCAACCUCAUUAUAACUUUUUGUGUAUUGACCCGUUGUCUGAUCUUAUGGAAGAGUAUCCUAUCAAUGAUCAGAAUGUGUUGUUAAAGUAUUGUCAAUAUACCGAAUGUUUAGAAAGUUUUACAGAUUCUGCUAAGAUAAGUGAAGUGAUGACUAGUAUUGAAGCUGCGUUGACUGAAGAGGAUUCUAAAACUGAUCCUAAAGUUGUUUUGAAGCUUUCAGGAAAGUGGACAGAUAGAGCCAUAAAAAAUCUACAAAAACUAUUGGAACACUUUUUUCCUGAAGAAGCAAAGUAUCUUACAAUCAAGAAAAUACGAACAGGAUCAAUAGAGAUUCAUUUUUUGGCUGCGUCUUAUAAAGUCAUUCGUUCUCUAAUUCCCAAAGCACAAGAUAAAGUUUAGUUCAUGCAUCAUUUUGGUAUAUUUAAACUUACCAUUAACAAUCAAACCAUCAUUGAUGAGGUUGAAGACUAUGCUAAAUUUUGUUUCGAGGAGUCAUUACUACAUGCUAUUGGUAGUAUUGACCAAGAUGAAGAAUAUGAGAAAAUAGUCUUAUUACUUUUGCAAUUUGACUUGAAUAUUAAUUAUCAAAACAGUUCAGGAUUCACUGCAUUAAUGAUUGCUUCUGGAAUUAAACAUCUUAAGGUUGUGGACCUCUUGUUGAGUAAGAGCCCAGAUAUUAACAUUCAAAAUAGUAAAGGAAUUACUGCUUUGAUGAUUGCUUCAGAAUCUCGUUUUGGGAGUUUUCAAGUUGUUAAGCUCUUGCUAAGAAAAGGUCUCAAUAUUAAUGUUCAAGAAUAUAAAGGAUGGACUGCCUUGAUGUUUGCUUGUCAAGAUGGUUGCUAUGAUGUGGUUGAGCUGUUACUUAGUAAAAAUCCAGAUGUAGAUGUUCAAAGUAAUAAUGGAGAAACUUCACUGAUGGUUGCUUGUGAUAAUGGACACAGCCAAGUUGUUGAACUUUUACUGAGUAAAAAUGCAGAUAUUAGCAUUGCUACAAAUUACAGCUGGACAGCAUUGAUGUUGAGUUGUUGUAAAGGUUAUCACAUAAUCGUGGACCUAUUACUUAAGAGAAAUGCUGAUAUUAGUAUUAAAGACAAAGAAGGAUGGAAUGCUCUUAAUCUUGCUUGUUAUCAUGGGCAUUACCAGGUCGUUGAAGUGUUACUCAGUAACAUGAGAGCUAUUGAUGAUCAAGAUAACAAUAGAUGUAAUAUUCUUAUAAACGCUCAGACCCAAGAUGGAUGGACUUCUUUGAUGCUUGCUUGUCACAGUGGACAUCAUCAAAUUGUGGAGCUUCUACUAAAUGCUGACCCAGAUAUUAACAUUCCAGAAAAUGUAAGAGGCUGGACUGCUUUGAUGAUUGCUUGUGCCAAUGGGCACUAUCAGGUAGUUAACCUUUUAUUGAGUAAGCAACCAAAUAUUAACAAGCAAGAUAGGGAUGGAUGGACUGCUUUGAUGCUUGCUUGCAACAAUGGUCAUUUUAGUGUUGUUGAACUUCUGCUAAAUGAAGAUAUUGAUCUUAGGAUCAAGCACAAUGAUGGAAGAAUGGCACUUGCAUUUGUCUUACAAAAAGGCUGUGAAACACCAAAUUAUUUGAAUAUUAUGGAGCAAUUACUUGAUAAUCAUCCUAGUCACAUGCACCAAAUCAAAAAUGUCACUGUUCAUUCAGUAGUACUAGCAGCUAUUUAUUGUAAUCCUGAUGCUGUGGAAAUCAUCAUGAAGAAAUGUGAAGUCUCCCAGGAGCAUUACAGAGAUGCUUUUGUAGCUGCUUGUUAUAGUGGUGGCUCUUCAGUGAUGAUCUUGUUAUCAAACAAAAUACUGAGCUCAAGUAAUGUGAGAGAGCUACUGUUAGCUGCUGCUGGAGGAGAUCUAGGAUUAUUAGUUAGUAUGUUAUUUGAAGUUGGCAUGAGUCCAGAUACUCCAUUAGCAGGUGGUAUAACUCCAUUGAUGAUAGCAGCUUCAUGUGGACACAUUGAAAUUGUCGAGACACUGAUACAAGCCGGAGCUGAUGUCAGAAAAAUUGAUGAUAAUGGUUUAAUGGUACUAGACAUACUGCUUAACAAGGAGGAGAGUUUUCUCAAAACUGCUAUUGUAGACUUGAUAAUUUCUACUAACAAACCAAUUUCUGCUACUCAACAUCAACCUGUAUCUGCCUCAAAAAGUGAUAUAUCAAGAAAUAUCAGUUUGAUACGAUCAAUACCUUACCCUGAAGAAAAUCCAGUUCAGUUCUGUUCAGAAUUAUUAAUGAGUGCAGCAUAUAGGAAAUCAGAUAAUGAAGAUACUGCUGAAGAUACACAGAAUAUUAGACUCAAUUACUGAGAGCAUAAUAUUUUUAGUUCUAUUUUUUUGUGAUUAAUAACCUUUUUAGUAUACCAUUUGUAACAGAGCAAAAUGGAGUAGAUACAAAGAAAGAUAGACUUUUCAACACAUGAGAAUUAGAAAUACACCAGCUGAAAA